AGCAGGAGGAGGAGGAAGAAGAGGAGGAGGAGGAGGAGGAAAAAGAAGAGAGCUGGUCCCGAGCUGCGAGCGGAGCAGGAGCCGCCGCCCAGCACCAUGGGGAAGAGGGACAACAGGGUGGCUUACAUGAAUCCGAUCGCCAUGGCCAGGUCCCGGGGCCCCGCCCAGUCAGCGGGGCCCACCAUACAGGACUACCUGAAUCGGCCGCGGCCCACGUGGGAAGAAGUGAAAGAGCAACUAGAAAAGAAGAAAAAAGGUUCCAAAGCAUUAGCUGAAUUUGAAGAAAAGAUGAAUGAGAACUGGAAGAAAGAGCUGGAAAAGCACAGAGAGAAGUUACUGGGGGGAAGUGAGAGCUCCUCCAAAAAGAAAGAGAGAAAGAAAAAGGAAAAGAAGAAGUCCGGUAGGUCUUCGUCGUCUUCUUCACCGAGCUCUGAUUCUUCCAGCAGCUCAAUGGAUUCUGAUGAGGAGGAUAAGAAACAAGGUAAGAAGAAAAGAAAAAAGAAGUACCGGCCGCACAAGUCUUCGGAGGGCUCGGGCUCUGAGUCCGAAUCCGACGGCAAGGACAGCUUGAAAAAGAAGAAGAAGUCCAAAGAUGAGCAUGAGAAAGAAAAGGACGUCAAAAGCCUCAGCAAGAAGAGGAAGAAGGUUGAUCAUGGAGAUAAGCCAGCGUCAUCUGAGUCAUUCUCGGAGUCAGAUCCUGCAGAAGAGGUACAAGCCAAAAAGAAGAAAAGCGGGGAAGAAAGAGACAAAGCAACAGCAAGUAUCAUUUCCAUUCUUAGUGAGCUGAUAAAAGUGGAACUCCAGCAUAUCUCUGUUGUGUGCUAAACCUCUGCAAGCCUACAUGCUGAAGGGAUUAUUUCUGGGGAGAAACUUUUGUCCGCCGACGAGCUACAUUAAAUCCAGCCUCAGCACCCAGGGGAACCCGGGCCAAUCACUCUGCUUACUAUAUGCAGAGCACUGAACUAAGCGCUUGGGUAAAC